CAUUGGUAUGAUGGGCGGUUUUAUACAGCCCUCUGAGCAGAAAGAAAUGUUAAGUUGUUGGUUAGUUAAGACAUUGUGAUCCUAUUUUUUCUGAAUUUCAAAGGCUUAACGGGCGUAAAUAAAAUAUAAACAAUCAAAUAUGAGUUGGCGUAAAGAUGAAGAUCUUGCUUGUAAACCAUACAGUAGACAUAGUCAAAGACAUCCUUCGCCCUACUACGAAAAUGAUUCACCUGGUUACUAUGAAUCACACAUGGCGGGUGCUAGCAGAAGCUUCCGAGGUGCAAGCUUAUCGCAAUCUCAAAUGCAAGGUCAACUUCAACGGUCUACUGAAGCAAGCAAACAAAUGUUGUACGGCACAUUCGGAAACUUGAUUGCGAGCUUAGAAGAAUUUGAGCAAAGAGAGCUGAAAGAACAAAGAACUUCAAAAAGUCUUAGUAGGUCAAAUAUUGCAAUACCCGAUCAAAGACAUAAAAAUUUUGAAGAUGUAAGUUUGAACAAACUUCAGGUACCAUAUUCCUUCUGAGAAGUUUCAUAAAAC